CUCCAACUUUUUAUUGAUUUUUUUGGGUUUCUAGUCAAAAGUUGAGUGCAGUAGAUUAAAGUCAAAGUCAAUGGUAAUCGAAUUUACUAGAAAACCAUUACGGGCAGAUGGGCAGCGGGCAAAGGGAACUGCACCGUAAUCUCGGAGGUUCGCGCGUGUGAAGUAAAGAUACCCCCACGCGCAUGACCGGGGCACCGACCACCUCGUUCAUUUCCCGGAAUCUUUGGAAUUGCAUCCGCUGCAGCAUCUCUCGUCCCCGAUUUCUCUGUCGCUUUUUCUUCCUUCCCCCACGCCCUUAUUUUGGAACAAUUUUUCAACACCCCAUUAAAUUUAAGCUUCUCAAAUUUGCAUCAUUUGCUGGAAAUCAAGAAAUUUAUCUCAGGAAAUGGAGAUUGAUGAGAUAUUUGGGGAGUCAAGGCCAGUGAGUCUUCCCACAAAGAGUGCUAUUUAUGUAUGGGGUUAUAAUCAAUCGGGCCAAACGGGUCGGAAAGGUAAAGAGAGGAGUUUGAGGAUUCCAAGACAGCUGCCACCGGAGCUUUUUGGUUGCCCGGCUGGAGGGAAUUCCAGGUGGUUGGACAUAGCUUGUGGUCGGGAGCACACUGCUGCUGUUGCUUCUGAUGGAUCAUUAUUUACUUGGGGAGCCAAUGAUUUUGGUCAGCUGGGGGAUGGAACUGAAAAGGGUCAGAAACACCCGAAAAAAGUGAAGCAACUACAAUCUGAAUACGUGGUGUCGGUGUCGUGUGGUGCGCAUUGCACUGCUGCUAUUGCAGAACCACGUGAAAAUGAUGAAACCAAAUCCGGGAGAAGGCUUUGGGUUUGGGGACAGAACCAGGCUUCUAAUUAUCCACGCCUAUUUUGCGGAGCUUUUACUCCAAAUACGAUUAUUAAGCAAGUGUCCUGUGGAGCUGUUCAUGUGGUGGCUUUAUCAGAAGAUGGUUUGCUACAGUCAUGGGGCUAUAAUGAAUAUGGUCAGCUUGGCAGAGGUGUAACAUGCGAAGGCCUGCAAGGGGCUCAAUUAAUUAAAGGUUAUGCUAAGUUCCUUAACGAAGCACCUGAGCUUGUGAAGGUUUUCCAAGUGUCAUGCGGGGAGUACCACACUGCAGCUAUCUCAGAGGAUGGUGAGGUAUAUACUUGGGGCCUAGGAAGUAUGGGUCAACUUGGGCAUGUUUCGCUUCAAUCUGGUGACAAGGAACUGUUGCCUAGGCGUGUUGUUGCCCUUGAUGGUGUAUUCAUUAAAGAUGUUGCAUGUGGUGGCGUGCACACAUGUGCACUGACGGCUAAAGGGGCUCUUUAUGCUUGGGGAGGAGGUCAAGCUGGACAGCUGGGCCUUGGGCCCCAAAAUGGAUUCUUUUCUUGUUCAUCGAAUGAUGCUGUAACGAUGCUGCGUAAUUUGCCUAUCUUGGUCAUUCCAAACGGUGUUCAACUUGUUGCAUGUGGCCACUCUCACACUCUUGUUUCUACUAGAGAUGGAAGAAUCAGUGGAUGGGGUUACAACAGCUAUGGUCAGGCAGCUAAUGAGAAAUCUACUUAUGCUUGGUUUCCGUCUCCUGUGGAUUGGUAAGUUGUAUGUGAUUUGAUGCCUGAAUUGAUAACGUCUGAAUAGCUCUGCUGAAGGAAACAAAAAAAAAAAAAAUGUAGGUGUGUGGGCGAAGUUCGGAAGCUGGCAGCUGGUGGUGGUCAUUCAGCAGUACUGACAGAUGCUUGUUCCUUGAAAGAGCUUUGCGAGUUUAAGCUUGCAGAUUGCGUAACUCAUUCAAAUGCUUCUGAGAUUGAGGAUGUUGCAUCAAGAACUGGAUCAGAUGCUUUAGCUCGUCUCUGUGAAAAAUUAAGGUAGACCCUUUUAACUGUGAGUCAGUCCGACUUAGGUCCUUUUACUUUAAAAUGGGACUGGUAUCAGUCACCAUUUUGUCUCUGGGAAUGAUUUCUGGACUUAAUAUAGUUUUGGUUCACAUAUACAAUAUGAAAUGAAGGUAGCUUAUUUGCAAGGAGAUGGCAUCUUUCUACCGUGGGCAUUUGUCUGAUGAGUCUUUCAUCAUUACUUUCCGUGCUCGCAUAUAUAGCUUUGGAGAAACUAAUGCCCAUAAUUAUUGUCUAUUACUCAUUAAGAUUAUGAUCAAAUCAAAAAAAAAAAUUGUUCGUUUUGCCCUUCUAUGUUCAACCUUUUCAGGCCUAUUGGUUGUUUUCCAUUAAUUGAGCUGAGAUCUCAAUUUAUGUUGAUGGCCAACAGUACAUUUUGAUGCUUAUUGAAAUCUAUAUCUAGGGUAUCAAUCUUGUAGUUAAAUCGGACUUACUGACAUUGCCUUCUGCAUUUUCUAUAUAUUGUCAUUCACUGCAUAGGUUUAUUGCAACUACUUGACAUGUCUGCAUGCGCAGGACACAUCUGCGUGACGUUGGUGAUUGCAGCGAUGAAGAUGAUGACGACAACAAAUUCAAGGGCUGAUUAUAUCCCAG